UCCAUGGUCUCAGCUCCAUUCCUUCAGCAGCCAACUCGCGCCAGACCCCGCCCCCUCCUCCAGGGUCCCGGUGCCCACAGAUUCCGGGGCCUUGGAGGCCACGCCCCUCCCCUUCCGCUUCCGGUUUCUGGCCAGUCAUUCUGUCCCGUACCCCGGUUCCGGCCCUUGCCGGGUCUCGGUUCCGGGUUCGUUGUCCCGGUUCCUGGACCGGGCUGGUCUCUUAGGCCGCCCCGGCCGCGCGCAGCAUCCCCCAGGCGUCGGGACUCGCCGGACCCACCCUAGUGGGUCCCCUCGUCCUCCGCGGGCCCCGCCGGGGCUGGUGUCCGGUCCCGGUCGCACUGUCCUCGCCGCCCCAUGGAGUCCCAGUGCGAUUACUCGAUGUACUUCCCGGCCGUGCCGCUGCCGCCGCGCGCGGAGCUGGCGGGGGACCCGGGCCGGUACCGGGCGCUGCCCCGGCGCAACCAUCUGUACUUGGGGGAGACUGUCCGCUUUCUGCUGGUGCUGCGCUGCCGGGGCGGCGCAGGGUCCGGCGCUGGGGGCAGCCCGGGUUUGGGCUCCCGAGGGGCCUGGGCAGAACUGGCAACUGCCCUGGCCGCCCUGGCCUCGGUCAGCGCUGGAGGUGGGAUGACAGGGGGCGGGAGCACCGGCGACCAGGAUUCCGAACCACCAGGGGGAGGGGAUCCUGGAGGUGGGGGUUUGUUUCGAGGCUGCAGCCCUCUUCUCACCCACGGCCCGGGCCCUGCUACCUCAGGGGGAGCGACCACGCUGCCUGUGGAGGAACCAAUUGUGUCCACAGAUGAGGUCAUCUUCCCACUCACUGUUUCACUGGACAGACUGCCCCCAGGGACACCUAAGGCCAAGAUUGUAGUGACUGUGUGGAAGCGGGAGGUUGAGGCACCAGAGGUCAGAGAUCAAGGCUACCUGAGAUUGCUGCAGACUCGAUCUCCUGGGGAGACCUUCCGGGGCGAGCAGAGUGCUUUCAAGGCCCAAGUGAGCACCCUGCUGACUCUGCUGCCCCCUCCGGUUCUGAAAUGCCGGCAGUUCACUGUGGCUGGAAAACACUUGACCGUGCUCAAGGUGCUGAAUAGCUCCUCCCAGGAGGAAAUCUCCAUCUGGGAUAUCCGAAUCCUCCCCAACUUCAAUGCCAGUUAUCUACCUGUCAUGCCCGAUGGCUCUGUGCUGCUGGUGGACAAUGUCUGUCACCAGUCUGGGGAGGUCUCCAUGGGCUCCUUCUGCCGGCUCCCUGGUACCUCUGGCUGCUUCCCCUGCCCACUUAGUGCCCUGGAGGAACACAACUUCCUGUUUCAACUGAGAGGGGGUGAACAGCCCCCUCCAGGGGCCAAGGAGGGCUUGGAAGUUCCCCUGAUUGCUGUGGUUCAGUGGUCCACCCCAAAGCUGCCCUUCACCCAGAGCAUCUACACCCACUACCGACUGCCCAGCAUCCGCCUGGACCGUCCGUGCUUUGUGAUGACUGCUGCUUGUGAGUCCCCUGUUCGGACCUACGAGCGUUUCACUGUCACCUACACACUGCUGAACAAUCUCCAAGACUUCCUUGCUGUGAGGCUCGUGUGGACCCCGGAGCACGCACAAGCUGGCAAGCAGCUGUGUGAGGAGGAACGCCGGGCCAUGCAGGCAGCCCUGGACUCCAUCGUCUGCCACACGCCCCUCAACAACCUGGGCUUUUCCCGGAAGGGCAGUGCGCUCACCUUCAGUGUGGCCUUCCAGGCUCUGAGGACGGGGCUCUUUGAGCUGAGCCAGCACAUGAAACUGAAGUUGCAGUUCACAGCCAGCGUUUCCCACCCUCCACCCGAGGCCCGGCCUCUCUCUCGCAAGAGCAGCCCCAGCAGCCCUGCCGUCCGGGACUUGGUGGAGAGGCACCAGGCUAGCCUGGGCCGCUCUCAGUCCUUCUCCCACCAGCAGCCUUCCCGAAGCCACCUCAUGAGGUCAGGCAGUGUGAUGGAGCGCAGGGCCAUCACACCCCCUGUGGCCUCCCCUGUUGGCCGCCCCCUCUACCUGCCCCCGGACAAGGCUGUGCUAUCUCUGGACAAGAUUGCCAAGCGAGAGUGCAAGGUCCUGGUGGUGGAGCCUGUCAAAUAGUGCCGUGCCAGCUCUGCUCCCUCUUACACUCCAGAAACCGAAAACCCCUGGAGGGGGUCUUUGCUCCCAGGCUGUGCCUCCCCUGGGAUGCCUCCCCCAGGGGUGAAGAGGCCCACCAGAGCUGCCUGUCUGUGUCUGCUGACGAGGGACAAGGGAAGAAGCUGUGAAAUGGGCGGGUAUGGCUGUAGCACUAAGCCAACAGUAUUUCCUCGAUUUCCAUGGGGGGGGGCUGGCACCACCCCUAGGCCAGGGUAAAGGCUCCAAGAGCUCCCUUGCCCACCGCACUUCACCCUGGCUCUAAGUUUACAAAGUAUUUUCUUCAUUCCUCUUUAGUCCUUUCCUGCCUCUGACAUUCCCUCCCACCCACCCGCAGGGCUGAGGUUAGGGUGGUGAUGGCAAAAGGCCUCGACAAUGACCCUCCUGUCUCAUGGAUCAGGGAGACAGCUAGGGGCCUCCUGCUGCCCCUGAUGUUUACGUUUGCAGCCUAAAGCACUUUAAGUUGUAUUUUUUUGUCUGUUCCUAUAACUUAUUCUCCAACUACUGCUUCCAACUGAAAUGAGACUAUUAAAUGCCUGUUCAGGAGGGCGAAGAAUGA